UCCGCCCCCUUUCCGAGUGGACGUCGGAUGCGAGGAAAGAGGCCAUCGAGCAAGUGACAGACAACACACCGCCUCUCGGCUCUGCCCGGCGCAGUAGUGGAUGUCUCCUCCGUGAUCGGGAGGGCACAGGCGAGCCCAUCCGACUCGCGCGCUUGCCGUGCUGCAACAAGGCGAACUGGACCGAGAUGGACCGGCGGACAGGAGCAGCAUCCAGCGAGGACCGACGCGGUUUUUAAGCCCUGACAAGACCACCCCCGCCUCCAUCUGUGCCACCUAUUUAUGUUGUUUCACUGCGGAUCCGAGGCACCCAUCCUCAUUGCUGCCAGGGACCUCUCAAAUCCUGGAAGACACACAGUCAUGAAGAAAUACUAGCAUCUGCUGCGGCCCUCCAGCUGACCUGCGCUAAGUACUGGCCGUGGGGCGUCGUUGUUGGUGGGCCAGCUGAACACGCGUGUACGUGAGUGAGAGGCGAUGAAGUCCAGUAUGAGGCAGUGGCGCAGGCUGGUGUUGCUGGGAAUGCUGGCCUGGGUUCUCCUCUUCCUCGCCCUCCUCUCCUACUUCCUGGACGCGCGUGUGAACGAGCCGCUGACCUCUGUAGGCUCUUUAUUCUCCCAGCACCCAGACACCCGGCGCCUCGCCUCCAUACAGGCCUCCCACCAACAGCAUGCCAACUUGGGCCCCCGACCCGAACGGGCUUCCACCUUAACAACAACAGCCUACCCCGGAGUUGAGCCAGAGACGAAGCCCUCCGCCGGCUCCGCGACCCCGCAGCUCAGCCUGGACGUGAGCCACAGCCCCAAGAGUGCUCCCUACGGCGGCGUUUAUGGUAGCCACGAGACCGGCCACCCGGACUACCUAGACCCGCAGAGCCUGGCUGCCUGGUCCUCCUUCGGGACAGAGAAUGUGGGCUCUCAUUCAGACCCUUCAGUCCAGAGCCGUGAGAGGACUUCCCAGUACGAGAACCACAUCAGCACCGCACGGUACCGCGGUGGGGGGGAGGAGGAGGAGGAGGAGGAGGAUGAGAGGGACAAUGUAGAAGAAGAAGAACUGAGAAACAGAAAGAGGACUACAGCGGGCCGGAGGGCCGGUGGUGACUCUGCCGAGGAAUAUUACUUCUCCGAGUCGGGCUCGGUAGUGAAGCGGUUGUGGCGGGGUCGCGUGUCCGCCGGUAUGCUGAGUCCUCGCCUGCAGCGUGCCAUGAAGGACUACGUCAGUGCCAACAAACACCACGUUUCCUACACCGGGCAUCGCAGGGCCGCGCAGAGUGCCAAGGAGCUUCUGUGUCAGAUGAAAGACCAGGCCCGGCUCAGGACCGUGGAUGGGUCGGAGCAGCCCUUCUCCUCACUCGGCUGGGCUCGUCUCGUACCCUCUCGUCCCCUGGAGAAACUGCACCAACGGCAGGACAGCAGCAGCUUCAAGACCUGCGCCGUGGUCACGUCGGCCGGCGCCAUCCUGCGCUCAGGACUGGGCAAAGAGAUAGAUGCUCAUGAUGCAGUCUUGCGCUUCAACGCAGCACCUACGCAGGGAUACGAGCGAGACGUCGGGAGCAAAACCACCAUCCGCAUCAUCAACUCACAGAUUUUGGCCAAUCCUAAACAUCGAUUCAACACCAGCUCCAUCUACAAGAACGUGACCCUGGUGGCCUGGGAUCCUGCACCCUACACUGUCAACUUACACAAGUGGUACGCCGGUCCAGACUACAACCUGUUCGGUCCGUACAUCGAGCACCGCAAACUCCACCCUGGCCAGCCCUUCUACAUCCUCCACCCGAGCUACGUGUGGCGACUCUGGGAUGUGAUUCAGGGCAACACUCAGGAGAAUAUCCAGCCGAAUCCUCCCUCGUCUGGCUUCAUAGGUAUCCUCCUGAUGAUGGCGCUGUGCGAGCAGCUGCAUGUUUACGAGUACAUUCCCUCCAUGAGGCAGACGGACCUUUGCCACUACCAUGAGCGUUAUUAUGAUGCUGCCUGCACACUGGGUGCCUAUCAUCCCCUCCUGUAUGAGAAGAGCCUGAUCCAGAGGAUCCACACAGGCUCCAAGAAUGACCUCAGGUGGAAGGGACGGGUCACUCUUCCGGGCCUCAGCACCGUCAACUGUGAUAUCUGAAGGAUGAAGCCUGAACCUCUGACCCCCAAAAACACACACUACAGUCUUGUCUGGCUGGUGAAGGGAGAGGUGCAAUAAAGCCACUGGAGACAAGGCGGCUGGAGCUGACAUGUUUCAAAUUAGAGACCUUGAAGAACAUAAGCCAUAGCCCCCUUUGGGGAGGGAUCAACAUGAAGGCUUCUGAAAGAAGUUUUCCAGGAAAGAGUCUCCCAGAUGGAGCUGAAUAAGACAUUUCUCUCUGCUUUAGCUGAGCCACGUUAGCUGUGGAGCUGACUAGGGUAGCAACAGAUAAGUGGUUUUAGAUAGUCAAGUGAAUUUUCCAUAAGUGGGUGUUACAGAAGCGUAAACUGUUUAUCAAUUUUUAUUGGUGGUUCUCCACUAAGGAAGUGAACCACCGGUUUGUGAUUUGUACCGUUUCAAAGGGGUUGUAAUAAAGCAACGAAAGUCCUCUACACAAAAUGUCAUAAUACAGACACUGACCAAUACACACACUUUCAAACUGGCAGAGUUCAGAACUUGUAGAGCAGAGUGCACAUUUUAAGAGACCACAGAUGUUCCUGAUUGACAUUCCUCUGAUAUCUCCUUGUGAAAUCCGGUCACAGGCGGAGGGCCUCACUACUGUAGUCGUUAAGUUUAACACUAAAUGACUUUCCUGUGCUCGAACCAGUCUGUUGCUCAUUCACAAUGACUUCUCAUCUAGUGUCAAGAAGCCAGGAAGAAAGGCACUGGUUGUCAUUUUAAGGAUUCAUCCUACCUAAAGUACCCUUAUUCCAUUUUCUUUACCUCCAGAUUAGUCAAAUCCAAUUUAAUGGGGGCCAAACCGAUCUUCAGAACAAAGCGGUGCUGGGAACAGCCGUAGCCGUGUGCCUGUUGGUCGACUGAACACGUCCUCUGGUUGCCUUGUGACUGUUAAGGGUACAUGCAGUACAUACUGUGCCAAGACUGCAGGGACAUGCAGUUGAAUUGCCCUGAGAGGUGUGGGAGCAGGAGAUUCUCAGCUUUGUCUCAGCAAUCACCAUCCCCGGUUCUGACUGUCACUUUACUCUUUAUUGAAUGUAACUGUACCUCUGUGUGUAAUGAACGAAACCCCUCCUGCUGCUCACCACUGCAGUACACAUGGUAUCUAGGGAUUAUUUCCUUGUUAUGUUACAGACAAGCUCAUUUCCUACAACUAUUUAUGUGUCAUAUUUCCUGGAUCCUCUAAUAUUGGUUCCUACUCUUCAGCAGCUCAGUGAAGACGAUUAUAAAAGAGGAAUUUGAAUCAGUAAUAUCGGCAGACUUGUUUUGCCUCCAGCUGGGAUGAUUUCUAAGUAUCCAGCCGGUCAGUGCCACAUCUGCAGCAGGCUCUAGAGGUAUUUGUCCAGCGUGGGGAGGGAGCCUCGUUGUGUCUGCAGACAGUCAGAAAAAUCUUGCCUUUUUAAAAGAGAUUUCUUUUGCAAAGUGUGCUAUUUUAUAAAAUGUUGCUGUGCCAUUGGUUGUGGUUUGAUACAAGGUGUGAAAACGUGUCUUCAGAAAUGUUGCCUUGAAUAGUCUGGUGUGGUGGAUUAGAUGGCUCUGGUAUUACUAGUACGUAGAUGAGUCUGGGGCGCAACAUUACUUGCGGUUUAGUAGGGCUGGGUAUCAUGCAAUAUGUGUCAGUGCUACUGAAAACACAUGCUGAUACAUUCAUUUUUGGAACACCUGAUCAACGGAAAGAAUUUUAAUGCUUGACAGACAAAAACCAUCUCCUUAAAAAAUGUCAGUGGACAAAAUAUUAGAAAACACACCUCUAUAAAAAACUACAACUUCAUGAAUAUAGGCUUGAUUUACAAAGAUUAGAUAGUAUUGCUUUUUAGGUGGACCUAAACUGGAAUGUAGAGAUAAAAUAAACAUGGGAAUGGCUAAUUCAGUGAAUUACAAACAUGAUAAGGAUUUCAUCACAUUGAUGCAAAAUUCUGUAAAUCUCGUAUUGCCAAAAAAGCAGUUAUUCUCAUCCGUUUGCAGAUGCCACAGUAGAAAUUGUAAAGAAAUAGCCCUCACAAUUGAGAAAUGGUCUCGCGUUAAACAGUCAAUACAGGGGUCAUAUCAACCAGCUCAGUUUGACAGAUGCAUGUUGCCCAGAAUGCACAGAGAAAUGUCGCUGUGUGUGAUACCCAGCCCCACUUUCUGGUGGAUUAUUUCAUUGGCUGCUCCAAGAGUCUCUCAAACAGUGAACCCUGUAAAGUCAGCAACUGUUGAAGGACCGUAAUGAAACAAAAUGACUUUUAAGUAGGUUUAUGAUUAAUUUUAAAUCAUGGGGAUUUCCACCUUUUAUGUUUCUCUGUUGACAUAAAUUAUGUUUUAUUGCUUGUGAUUGUAAUACACUGAAACCUGAACAUAUGGUACAUGUAUAUUUCUUAAUUGUAUUGAUUCAUUUCCAAAGCACAGAGCAUGCAAAUCAGGAUCAGGGCUAAGAGUCUUAAACUGUGCUGUACCGUGCUGCAAGUAGACACCGUCGUCAUUAAUGUUGUGAGGCCAUCAUGCUAUGAGAUCAUUUUUUUCUUAAGUGGUAUUAUGAAGAUUUUCGUGCAUGCUUAUGGACAAGGUAAUCACAACCAGCCGCGGUGCAGCUAUUAGUAGUUCCCUUGGGUGCGCUGGAUUCAGUGAAAAGGAUGUGCCAAAUUCCAUUUUCAAUUAUGUUUGUCAAGGUUGGUUGAGGACUGAUAGCAGGACCUCUAAGGUGCUAUUGCUUCGCUCUGGAAUUUUGAAUCCUCUUCAAGACAACAAUUUUAUUGGCAGGAUUAAACGCUGGACAUGAUGCUGAAAUGUUUGUGUGUCAGGAAGAGAAACGUGUUUGCAGACACCAUCUAUUUCAUUUUUCUGUUUCCGCUCUUUACUCUUGAGGCCGAUGUUUCAUGCCUUGUUUUUUCCUAAUGUGGGAAGCUGCCUCUAAUUGAUUGUUCAACAUUUAAGUAUUUGGACAUUUCCCUCGUGCAGCUUCCUGCAACGUAAGUGAAGAUCUUGUUUCACACUGGAAUUGAAUUGAAAUGGACCAUUUGUAUGAUUCAGCUGCUGUGAUUUGUCUUUUUUUACUGUGUAAAUAAAGCUGUUGUACAUGUCA